GCCCAGCUCCGCGCCCGGUGGCUCUGAGCCUGCGCGCGCUGGAGUCAGGGGUCAAGGCGGCGUAGGCUGUGGCGGGAAACGCUGUUUGAAGCGGGAAGAAGACAGGAACCGUCCCCCAGCCCUGACUAGCCCAGCGGGAUGGAUGGCAAGCGGCGGCCAGGCCCGGGGCCUGGGGUGCCCCCGAAGCGGGCCCGUGGGGGCCUCUGGGAUGAGGAUGAGCCAUGUCAGCCAUCCCAGUUCGAGGAGGAGCUAGCGCUGAUGGAGGAGAUGGAGGCAGAACACAGGCUGCAGGAACAGGAAGAGGAGUUGCUGCAGCCGGGCCUGGAUGGAGCAGCGGAUGGGCAGUUCUCCCCAACGGCCACAGAUGCCCGCUGGCUGCGGCCCACUCCGCCCCCCCUGGAUCCCCAGACGGAGCCCCUCAUCUUCCAGCAGUUGGAGAUCGACCAUUACGUGGGCCCAGCACAGCCCCUGCCGGGAGCACCCCCACCAUCCCCCGGCUCCGUGCCCGUGCUCCGUGCCUUUGGAGUCACCGACGAGGGCGUGUCGGUCUGCUGCCACAUCCACGGCUUUGCGCCCUACUUCUAUACCCCAGCACCCCCUGGUUUUGGGCCUGAGCACCUGGGUGACCUCCAGCGGGAGCUGAAUGCUGCCAUCAGCAGGGACCAGCGUGGAGGGAAGGAGCUCGCGGGGCCGGCGGUGCUGUCUGUGGAGCUGUGCUCCCGGGAGAGCAUGUUCGGGUACCAUGGGCACGGCCCCUCCCCGUUUCUGCGCAUCACCCUGGCGCUGCCGCGCCUCAUGGCCCCCGCCCGCCGCCUCCUGGAGCAGGGCAUCCGUGUGGCAGGCCUGGGCACCCCCAGCUUCGCGCCCUAUGAGGCCAACGUCGACUUUGAGAUCCGGUUCAUGGUGGACACAGACAUCGUCGGCUGCAACUGGUUGGAACUCCCAGCAGAGAGAUACGUGCUGAGGCUGGAGGGGAAGGCCACGCUGUGUCAGCUGGAGGUGGACGUGCUGUGGUCUGACAUAGUCAGUCACCCGCCAGAAGGGCAAUGGCAGCGAAUCGCACCGCUCCGCGUGCUCAGCUUUGACAUCGAGUGUGCUGGCCGCAAAGGCAUCUUCCCUGAACCUGAGCGGGACCCUGUGAUCCAGAUCUGCUCACUGGGCCUGCGCUGGGGUGAGCCGGAGCCCUUCCUGCGCCUGGCGCUCACCCUACGGCCCUGCGCCCCUAUCCUGGGUGCCAAAGUGCAGAGCUACGAGCGGGAGGAGGAACUGCUCCAGGCAUGGUCAACCUUCAUUCGCACCAUGGACCCUGACGUGAUCACCGGCUACAACAUUCAGAACUUUGACCUUCCAUACCUCAUCUCCCGGGCCCAGACUCUCAAGGUACAUACAUUCCCCUUCCUGGGCCGCGUGUCUGGCCUCCGCUCCAACAUCCGGGAUUCGUCCUUCCAGUCCAAGCAGACGGGCCGGCGGGACAGCAAGGUGGUCAGCAUGGUGGGCCGCGUGCAGAUGGACAUGCUGCAGGUGCUGCUGCGGGAGUACAAGCUCCGCUCCUACACGCUCAACGCCGUGAGCUUCCACUUCCUGGGCGAGCAGAAGGAGGACGUGCAGCACAGCAUCAUCACCGACCUGCAGAAUGGGAAUGACCAGACGCGCCGCCGGCUGGCUGUGUACUGCCUCAAGGACGCCUUCCUGCCCCUGCGGCUGCUGGAGCGGCUCAUGGUGCUGGUGAAUGCCAUGGAGAUGGCGCGUGUCACUGGCGUGCCCCUCGGCUACCUGCUCAGCCGGGGCCAGCAGGUCAAGGUCGUGUCCCAGCUGCUGCGGCAGGCCAUGCGCGAGGGACUGCUGAUGCCCGUGGUAAAGACGGAGGGCGGCGAGGACUACACGGGAGCCACAGUCAUCGAGCCCCUCAAAGGGUACUACGAUGUGCCCAUCACCACCCUGGACUUCUCCUCUCUGUACCCGUCCAUCAUGAUGGCCCACAAUCUGUGCUACACCACGCUUCUGCGGCCCGGGGCUGCCCAGAAACUAGGCCUGACUGAGGAUCAGUUCAUCAAGACACCCACAGGGGAUGAGUUUGUGAAGACUUCAGUGCGGAAAGGGCUGCUGCCCCAGAUCCUGGAGAACCUGCUCAGCGCCCGGAAGAGGGCCAAGGCUGAGCUGGCCAAGGAGACAGACCCCCUGCGUCGGCAGGUCUUAGACGGGCGGCAGCUGGCACUGAAAGUGAGCGCCAACUCUGUCUAUGGCUUCACUGGUGCCCAGGUGGGCAAGCUGCCUUGCCUGGAGAUCUCUCAGAGCGUCACUGGGUUCGGGCGCCAGAUGAUUGAGAAAACAAAGCAGCUGGUGGAGUCCAAGUACACGGUGGAGAACGGCUAUGGUGCCCACGCCAAGGUGGUGUAUGGUGACACUGACUCCGUCAUGUGCCGAUUUGGUGUCUCCUCUGUGGCCGAGGCGAUGGCUCUGGGGCGGGAGGCCGCGGACUGGGUGUCAGGCCACUUUCCCCCACCUAUCCGGCUUGAGUUUGAAAAGGUCUACUUUCCCUACCUGCUCAUCAGCAAGAAGCGUUAUGCUGGCCUCCUCUUCUCCUCCCGGCCGGAUGCUCAUGACCGCAUGGACUGCAAGGGCCUGGAGGCCGUGCGCCGGGACAACUGCCCCCUUGUGGCCAACCUCGUCACUGCCUCCCUGCGCCGCCUGCUCAUUGACAGAGAUCCCGCAGGUGCUGUGGCCCACGCGCAGGACGUCAUCUCCGACUUGCUGUGUAACCGCAUUGACAUCUCCCAGCUGGUCAUCACCAAGGAGCUGACCCGCGCGGCCGCUGACUACGCCGGCAAGCAGGCCCAUGUGGAACUGGCCGAGAGGAUGAGGAAGCGGGACCCCGGGAGUGCGCCCAGCUUGGGCGACCGUGUCCCCUACGUGAUCAUCGGCGCUGCUAAGGGCGUGGCUGCCUACAUGAAGUCCGAGGACCCCCUGUUUGUGCUGGAGCACAGCCUGCCCAUCGACACGCAGUACUACUUGGAGCAGCAGCUUGCCAAGCCGCUCCUGCGCAUCUUCGAGCCCAUCCUGGGCGAGGGCCGUGCCGAGGCUGUGCUGCUGAGGGGUGACCACACGCGCUGCAAGACCGUGCUCACGGGCAAGGUGGGCGGCCUUCUGGCCUUUGCCAAACGCCACAGCUGCUGCAUCGGCUGCCGCACGGUCCUCGGUCACCAGGGAGCCGUGUGCAAGUUCUGCCGGCCUCGGGAGUCCGAGCUGUAUCAGAAGGAGGUGUCCCACCUGAACGCCCUGGAGGAGCGCUUCUCACGCCUCUGGACCCAGUGCCAGCGCUGUCAGGGCAGCCUGCACGAGGAUGUCAUCUGCACCAGCCGGGACUGCCCCAUCUUCUACAUGCGCAAGAAGGUGCGGAAGGACCUAGAAGACCAGGAGCAGCUUCUGAGGCGCUUUGGCCCUCCCGGCCCUGAGGCCUGGUGACCUCUGACCAGGGCAGGCGUCUCACCAGGGCUGGGGGGUGGGGGGGCAGUAUUGGCAGAGAAUUAAUAAAGUUCAGGCCUUUUGUUUC